UCAUGGCUGGAGAGGCAGCGCCGCUGGGCGCCGAGCUCCUGACCUUCGCGCGGUUCCUGGACUCAAGCGCCGAGCGGCUCACCUAUGGCUACGGCCAGCGCAGCCUGAGCGAGCUGCGGGCGCGCGAGUUCGGCCGCCUGGCAGGAACCAUCUACCUUGACCAUGCAGGGGCCACCUUGUACCCCCAGAGCCAGCUCACCAGCUUCACAAAUGAUCUCAUUGGAAAUGUUUAUGGUAAUCCUCACAGCCAGAACAUAAGCAGCAAGCUCACCCACGACACUGUGGAGCAGGUGCGCUACAGGAUCCUGGCGCACUUCCACACCACCCCAGAGGACUACAGUGUGAUCUUCACAUCUGGGACCACGGCUGCUCUCAAGCUGGUGGCAGAGGCCUUCCCAUGGGUGCCGCAUGGCCCAGAGAGCAGUGGGAGUCAGUUCUGUUACCUCACCGACAGCCACACCUCUGUGGUGGGCAUGAGGGAGGUCACCAGAGCCAUGGGCGUCCCGUCCAUACCCCUCAGCCCAGAGGACAUGCGGUUGGCAGAGAAAUGGGGUGUGGCCACCAGGGACCCUGACUGCCAGGUUCCACAUCUCUUCUGUUACCCAGCUCAGAGUAACUUUUCUGGAACCAGAUACCCCCUGUCCUGGAUACGAGAGGUCAAGUCAGGGCAGAUGUGCCCUGCGAAUGUGCCUGGGAAGUGGUUCGUGCUGCUGGAUGCAGCCUCCUAUGUGAGCACUUCGCCCUUGGACCUGUCGGUUCACCAGGCUGACUUUGUCCCCAUCUCCUUCUACAAGAUAUUUGGCUUCCCCACUGGCCUGGGGGCACUGCUGGUGAAUAAUCAGACAGCUUCUCUGCUGAGGAAAUCUUACUUUGGAGGAGGCACGGCUGCUGCAUACCUCGCAGGAGAAGACUUCUAUAUCCCAAGGCAGUCGGUGACUGAAAGGUUCGAAGAUGGCACCAUCUCCUUCCUUGAUGUGAUAGCACUUAAACAUGGAUUUGAUGCCCUUCAGCAUCUCACAGGUGGAAUGGAGCAUAUAAGGCAGCACACCUUUACCUUGACGAAGUAUACCUACGCCGCCCUGUCUGCUCUCCGGUACCCCAAUGGAGCCCCUGUUGUGCGAAUUUACAGUGAUUCAGAGUUCAGCAGCCCGGAGGUUCAUGGUCCAAUCAUCAAUUUUAAUGUGCUUGAUGACAAUGGGACCAUCAUUGGCUACUCCCAGGUGGAUAAAAUGGCCAGUCUUUACAACAUCCAAGUGCGAACUGGCUGCUUCUGUAACACCGGGGCCUGCCAGAGGCACCUGGGAAUAAGCAACGAUGAUAUCAAGAAGAAUCUUCAGGCUGGUCACGUCUGUGGAGAUGAAGUGGAUCUGAUCGAUGGAAAGCCCACAGGGUCUGUGAGGAUUUCAUUUGGAUACAUGUCUACACUGGAGGAUGCCCAGGCCUUUCUCAGGUUCAUCAUAGCAACCCGACUGUGCCCAUCCCAUGGCCAGUCUCUCCUACAGGUCACCCCCAGGGAGGCUGGAGCCCCACAAGCCGAGGAUAAGGCUGGGAACAUAUCUGCCACUGUGGACGGAUCUAGUCCCUCAUUUCAGGAAGACACCCCCACAUACUCCCAGGUUUGGAACAACCCGCCCACUACUGUGGAUGUGGUGGGUUUGCACCCACCUCUGUCUGAGGCUGUCAGAACCCAGGAGACUCCUUCAGAGAAAGCUCCAGGAGUCCCAGAUAAGGUCCUCGGGACACACAUCAUCACCAACAUUUAUCUCUACCCCAUCAAAUCUUGUGCUGCAUUUGAGGUAAAGACCAGUUGGCCUAUAGGAAAUCAGGGACUGUUGUAUGAUCGGAACUGGAUGGUUGUGAACCACAAUGGCAUUUGCCUGAGUCAGAAGCAGGAGCCCCGACUCUGCCUGAUCCAGCCUUUCAUUGACUUGCAGCAAAAGAUCAUGGUCAUCAAAGCCCAGGGGAUGGAGCCUAUAAAGGUGCCUCUUGAGGAUAGCAAUGAACCAACUCAGAUUUGCCAGAGCAAGGUCUGUGCGGACAGGGUAAAUACUUAUGAUUGUGGAGAAAAACUUUCAAGCUGGUUGUCAAGGUUUUUUGGCCGCCCGUGUCAUUUGAUUAAACAAAGUUCUAACUUUCAAAGAAACGCAAAGAAGAAACAUGGCAAAGAUCAAUCUGGUACAACAGCUGCCCUUUCUCUGGUGAAUGAAGCACAGUAUCUGCUGAUAAACAGAUCCAGUGUUUUGGAACUUCAGCAGCAAUUAAAUGUCAGUGGUGAGAAUGGAAUGGAGGAAUUAUUCCCAGUGAAAGACCUCAUCCCACGAUUCCGUGCCAAUAUUAUUACCAAUGGAACAAGGCCUUUUGAAGAAGAGAAAUGGGAUGAGAUUUCAAUUGGUUCUAUGCGUUUCCAGGUUGUGGGACCUUGUCACAGAUGCCAGAUGAUAUGCAUCGACCAGCAAACAGGGCAACGGAACCAAGAUGUUUUCCAAAAGCUUUCUGAGAGUCGAGAGAGAAAGGUGAACUUUGGAGUGUACCUGAUGCAUGCCCCUCUGGAUCUAUCUUCUCCAGGUUUCCUGACCGUGGGAUCUCAGAUUCUCCCUGUGUUGAAAGAAAAUAUAGACCACCACAAUUUACCUGCUUCUAAGAAACAUCAGGAUGUUACUUCCUAAAAUUUUUUUCUGCAUAAGUUAACAUUUCUCUUUUACAAAUAUAUUUACUCUUAUUAAGGUCUGCAGUGUGGUUCAUUGGAAUUUUUUGCCUCGAGUGUAGAGAACGUGCUCUACGCCUCACUCCCCAGUUGCACUGCUCUACCUCAGAGAAGUCCAAGGUCUCUGCUUGGACAAGUCCAAGGUCUGUGCUUCCUAAGAGACAAAUUCAGCACAAGCGCUUUGCUGAUGUCUAGCAAGGCUUCCAUGUAUAUUGGGAGUGUGAGAGUUUUGACUCAUUGGGAAGAUUUAACCUUUAUUUUGCCACUUUACCAUAUGGUUAGUUUGUCUUUAGCAAGAAUCUCUAGGCUCUCUUCAAAUCCCUUUGUGUUGAGGAAGGUAAAGAGUGCCCAGCAAUCCUGAGAGAGUGAGAAUGUGCCACUCAAACCUCAUGUGCAUGGUGGAUGUGGCUUAUGUUCAGGGCCCAGGGUGUGACUUGUAUCACAUUCCUUAGUGGAGGUUUGACCAGGAUAUAUAUGUGUUGAGCAAAGGCACAGGCUGGCAACCCGCUUCCCCUGGCUUUCAUUCUUGCACACCAUUCCUCUGCCCCUUUGAGUGGAUGCACCGCGGAGGGCACACAAUUUUGCUCUGUGAUCGUGGAGUUAUGUCAGCAGUGUGCUCCUCUCCACAAGCCCAUCAUGUGGGGUUGCUCCAUCCACUCUAGAGCCUCCAAAUCCCAUUCAAGAGAGAAACUGUGGAGGCUGAGGGAUCUCAUCUAUCUGUACCGUCUCUGACCACACAUCUGCAGCCUCCCAUUGAAUAUCUCCAGUGCAGGAAAUCUCAUUGUUUAAUGAAGUUACCCAGACCACUGGGUUGCCCAAAAGUUCCUCUGUGUUGAGCUUGUACCUGACUCCUUGUGACUUCCAGCCAUGGGUCUAGCCCUGUCGUCCGGAGCAAUGUAGUGUGAGCUGGUGCACCCCUGCAUCCACUAUGCCUGAGUCCAGCUUAAGCAUGGGGUCUGUGGGAGAACACCAGGACAUUGGUCAGACCUUCAGUACUUUGUUAUAUCUGUCCAGUUACUUCUUUUCCCCAAACCUUUGCCCACCACUGCCCCCCACAUCUUCCUAAAGCCAGUGUUGCCAUGUCUCUCUGUCACUAUCGUUUAGUGCAUUAUACUCAGGCUUCCCUGCCUGAUUUAUUCAGAGCCCUCAGGAUUAGGGGUCUGCUUGUUAUAUUAUCUUAUUUGUAGCAUGUUAUGGUAUUCCCAGCACAAUACAAAAAAAAAAAAAGAAAGAAAAAGAAAAAGAAAAAAUGAGCUGUGCUUCUGUUGUCAAAUGUUGAUGAGGUGGAGCCAUGCAUGGUACCUUUGUUUGCUGUGAGGAUCCAAGUGUAAAAUCUGGCCUCUGACUCAGUGGUUCCUGAGGUCAGUAAAAGAGUAGACAAAUAGAGUUAGUUGGGAGGGGGUAAUUUAUUUCAAACUGUUUGUUGAAAUUGAG